UAUAAUGCUACGUACACACUGGAUGUAGAGAGAGAAAGUGACAGUAAAGGCAGAUACGCAUAAUAAUACAUAUAGAGAGAGAAACCGGCAUUGUUGUCCAUAGGCAAGCUAAGAAAAAAAAAAAAAAAUAGCAAACGAUCGAAAAUCCUACUUAGAUCUGCGAUUGCCGAUUUCCACUCGUUUCAACAACUCAGUUUUUCCAGUAUCGAGAGAAACUCGUUGAUUUUUCCGAACGGAACUCAGCGCUGAUCCCACUGAGUCAACUUAUUUUGCCCACUUGAAUUUUUCCUCAUUAUUUCAGCAUUUAUUGCCUGUUUUCGCCUUUUUUUGGGCAGCUUGGAACUCGAAUUUGGGGGUUUGGAAUUUUCGCUUGCAUUGUCGGUGUUCUGAUUUGAAUGGUGGUUUCCCGGCAGUGUUCGCCGGAGCUCCGGCGAGUUACCGGAAGAUCUCCGGCAAUUUUUUGACGGAUUGGAUUGCUGAUAAUGCGGAAUUGAGUGUUGAAUUAGGGGAAAAUGUUCAAGGCGGGGCGGUGGAGGAGUGAGAAGAACAAGGUCAAAGUUGUGUUCAAGCUGCAGUUUCAUGCAGCUAAGGUACUGCAGAUUGGAGAAGAUGCAUUAAUGAUCUCUGUUGUUCCUUCUGAUAUCGGAAAGCCCACAGUGAAAUCAGACAAGGCAUCGGUUCGAGACGGGAGUUGUUUCUGGGAGAAUCCCGUGUAUGAAACCGUGAAAUUCAGUCGAGACCCGAAAUCAGGAAAGAUUCAUGAGAGAAUAUACCAUUUUGUUGUCGGGACGGGGUUAUCUAAAGCUGGAGUCAUCGGAGAAGCUUCCAUUGAUUUUUCGAAUUAUGCAGAGUCAAAUAAGGUCUCAUUGGUCUCUCUUCCUUUCAAGACUUCGAAAACCGAAGCUAUAUUGCACGUAUCAAUACAGAGGAUGAAUGAAUCCAUUGAUAACAGAGAGGUAGAAGAAACCGAGAAUGCAAAAUCGAAUUACAAAGAUCACAGCUUGAAGGCACAAUUGGACAAUGGUGAUCUAGAUGGAACCAUCAAAAGCAAUUCCGAUGAGCUGCCAUCUAAUAAAACUGUUGCCCACAUUGCUGAAUUGAACGGGAAUCGAAGGGCGUCCAGUGGAUCCGAUUUAACAAUGUCGAGCUCCGAUAGCAGCUGUGGAAUCGAGAUACCUUGGCAGCCACAAAUGAAAAACGAGAUCACAAAUCAACGGCUCAGAUCGAAAUCCGAUGCUCAAACACCACUAGUACAUUGGGAGUCUAGUACAGACGAUUCUUCCAUCACUCCAAGAGGAGAAGCCUUUUUUAGGCAAGAAUUGGAAGAUCAGUCUUCAGAUAUUGUGAUCGAUAAGCUGAAAUCGGACAUUUCUGCCUUAUCCAGACAAGCAGAGAUGUCCGAAUUGGAACUGCAGACGCUCCGUAAGCAGAUUGUGAAGGAGAGCAAAAGAGGGCAAGAUCUGUUUAAGGAACUCGUUUGCUUGAAAGAGGAGAGAGAUUCUUUAAAGGGAGAAUGUGAGAAGCUCAGAUCAAAGACGAAAACAAACUUACCGUACGAGGGAGGUGAUUCCAAAACCAUUGUUGAAGAACUCAGGCAAGAAUUAAAUCAUGCAAAAGAACUUAAUUCCAAUCUCCAAAUUCAGCUCGAAUUUUCGCAAGAAUCGAACAAUGAAUUAAUUCUUGCUGUGAGGGACCUUGAUGAACUGUUGGAGCAGAAAAAUCGGGAAUUAUCGAGCGGAUCAUCAUCGACAAAAGCUGUUAAUGAGAAGUUGCAAGAACACGAAAAUGACGAUGAUGAAGAGCAGAAAGCUUUAGAGGAGAUUGUGAAGGAGCACGGUGAUUCAAAGGAAGCCCAUCUUCUAGAAAGACAGAUAAUCGACAUGCGUGGCGAAAUCGAGAUUUACAAGAGAGAUAGAGAUGAAUUCGAGAUGCAAAUGGAGCAGCUUGCACUCGAUUACGAGAUCAUGAAGCAAGAAAACCAUGAAAUGGCGUAUAAGCUUGAGCAGAGCCAGCUCCAGGAGCAACUGAAGAUGCAGUACGAGUGUUCGUCCACUUAUGCUUCUGCCCAAGAACUCGAAAUGCACAUCGAAAACUUAGAGAGUGAGCUGAAAAGACAGUCGAAAGAAUCUGAUGAUGCGUUGGCUGCAAUAAGUGAACUCGAGGAUCGUGUGAAAGACUUAGAGGAAGAGCUCGAAAAGCAGUCGCAAGUGUUCGAAUCUGAUUUGGAGACGCUUAUGCGCUCAAAAAUCGAGCAGGAGCAGAGAGCUAUAAGAGCUGAGGAAGCAUUGAGAAAGACACGGUGGCAAAAUGCUGACACAGCAGAGAGGCUUCAGAUGGAAUUUAAGAGGCUUUCUGUCCAGAUGGCGUCUACUUUUGAGGCCAACGAGAAGUUAGCUACCAAAUCUCUAGCCGAAGCAAAUGAGCUCCGUUUACAGAAAAACCAUUUGGAAGAAAUGUUGAGGGGUGCUUCUGAAGAACAACAAUUGGUUAAGAGCCAUUACGAAGAGGAAGUUUCGAAGCUUAAAGAUGAGAUAAUUGGUAAGGAGAGUUUGAUCCGUGAAUUGGAGCAAAUGAGGAUAUCGGUUCAGGAAUUGGAUUUGCUUGUGAAGCAAGGAAAUGAUGAAAGCAUUGCACUCGAGAAGAAGAUUAUGGCGACGAAUAGUGAAGCUGAAGAGUGGAAAAGGGAGUUGAAUAAAAUGAGAUGUCUUGUGGAAGAGAAAGAAUUGGUGGUUGAGAAUUUGCAGUUGGAGUUAGAUUCUCUUCGAUUGCAGUGUACAGAGUUGAAGCAAUCUCUGUCAGAGAAUAACUUGGAGAAGGACAAAUUGAGGAAGCAAGUGUUGCUAUUAAAGGGUGAUUUAAAGAAGAACGAAGAUGCACUUGUUAAGAUGGAGAAGAAGAUAAAGGAAGGGUUGAAAACUAGCAAGCCCGUUUCUCGUGCUCUGAAAGAGGUUGCGAAUCUCAAGGAGAGAAUUAAGUUGCUCGAGGAUCAGAUAAAGUUCAAAGAAUGUGCUCUGGAAACAUUAAAUAAUGCAUUUUUGGAGAAGGAAAAAGAUCUUCAUAACAAAAUCGGAGAGUUAGAAGAGAGACUUGAAGAGAUCAACCAAAAAAGUAUUGAUUAUUCCGAAAGUGAAGCCGAAAAGGCAGCUGCACUUGCAGAGCACCGGGAUCAAAAUUUUACGUUGACCAAAGAAGCAAGAAACAAUGAUGAAGAUUCAAACAGCAAGGAUAACGAAUCACAAGAGGGACUAAAAGGUUCGGCGAAUAAUAAUAAUAGCGGAGAAGUUGAUGAAUUAACAAAUGAAAUGGAAUUAAUGAAGGAGAAGAACAAAUUAAUGGAGGAAGAACUAAAAGAGAUGCAAGAAAGAUAUUCGGAAAUAAGUCUCAAGUUUGCUGAGGUGGAAGGCGAACGACAGCAACUUGUAAUGAGAGUACGGAACCUCAAGAAUGCAAAGAAGAGAGAUCAUAAUUUACCACCCCCACAAGCUUGUUCUACUUAGUACAUUAUAGGUAAAAAUUAAUUAACCAUGGGACACUUUGAAUUGACAUAUAUAUUUAUAUUUUUCGAGAAAUAAAUAUUUUUGUAAAUUUGCUAUAUAUAUGUUUUUCUUUUGUCGGAGUAUAUCGAUCGCCGGUUUCUUCGGUUUCGUUGAAUGUAAUAGAAAAUCGAAAAGGGUCUCUUCUUCUUCUUGUUUCGUACUUUUUUUUGUUAUAUAUGUAAUAAUUAAUAUCGUUUUAUGUUACUAGUGAUCACUUGUAGAAACUGGUGAAGUUUUUGUUCAUAUGAAUACAUUGCAUUCUUCCUC